AUGUUGAGAAGACUACCAAGAAGAACUAUACUACUAAGUAACAGAUAUCAAUCUACCACUAGAGAUACAGUAACUAUAAUACCAACAGUUUAUGAAUUAACACAAGAUAAAGAUUUAUCACCAGAAUUAAAUCCUGAAAAUUCAUUAAUUUCAUAUUUAAAAUCAAGAAAUUUAAUUGAAUCCAUAACUGAUGAUAAUUUAUAUACAAAGACUAAGAAAGAUGAUAUAAAACAUUUUAAACUAUAUUGUGGAGCUGAUCCAACUGCUAUAAGUUUACAUUUGGGUAAUUUAUUACCAUUAAUGGUAUUAUUACAUUUUCAAUUAAAUGGUGCAAAUAUUGUUGGAUUAAUUGGUGGUGCUACUGGUAAAGUAGGUGAUCCAAGUGGUAGAAAAGAUGAAAGAAGUGAAAUUGAGCAGAAUAAACUACAAAAUAAUAUUGAAAAUAUAACAUGUCAAUUUCAAACAUUUUUCAAGAAUGGUAUUGAAUAUGCUAAAAGUAGACAAUUCCCAAUUGAAAAUCAUGGAAAUUCACAAAUAUUAAAUAAUUUUUCUUGGUGGAAAGAUAUAAAGAUGUUAAAUUUCCUAGCUGAAUUUGGUAAAUAUAUUAGAAUAAGUUCAAUGAUUAAUCGAACAUCUAUUCAAUCUAGAUUGCAGUCGAAAGAAGGGAUUGGUUUUAAUGAAUUUACAUAUCAAAUAUUACAAGCAUAUGAUUUUUAUCAUUUGUAUAAAUCUGAAAAUGUAAAUAUUCAAGUUGGUGGAAACGAUCAAUGGGGAAACAUCACGGCAGGUACAGAUUUAAUACAAAAAACAUUAAGAAAAGAAGCUUAUGGAAUUACAGUACCUUUAUUAUUAACUCUCAAUGGUGAAAAAUUUGGUAAAUCAGCAGGGAAUGCAAUUUUUAUAGACUCAAAAUUGACAUCUCCUUAUCAAAUGUAUCAAUUUUUUAUAAAUGUACCUGAUGAAAUGGUUGGUAAAUUAUUGAAAACAUUCACAUUAUUACCUUUAAAUGUUAUAGAAGGAGAAUUAUUACCUAAACAUUUUCAAGAUUCAAGUUUAAGAAUUGCUCAAAGAGUAUUAGCUAGAGAAGUUGUUGAUUUAAUUCAUGGUGUUGGAAUUGGAGAUGAAAUGGCAUUUAUAACUGGAUUUUUAUUUCCUACUCCUGAUCAACCAUAUAAUGAUAAUUUAUCAGCUGAGAAAUUGAUUAAAAAUUUUAAAAAUCUGGGAAUAUUAUAUAAAUAUGAUUUGAAGAACUUGGAAGAAAAAGAUAUUAAAUUGAGUAACUUAAUUGCUGAAAUUACAGGUAAAUCAAAGAGUGAAAUAAAGAGAUUAAUUAAAGCUGGUGGAUUAUAUUUAGGGUUAAAUAGAGAUCAAUUUAAUGAUCCAGAUGAUGUUGUAUUAUUUGAUAAGUCAAUUCAUUUAAUAGAUGAUAAAUUAAUGUUAAUAAGAAUAGGUAAACAUCAUUAUUACGUAGUUGAAUUUGUAUGA